AUGCUGGUCAGUGGACGCGCUGUUUACGAAGCCUGCGUUACUGCUUUUGUUUCCCCCUUAGAUUUAGAUGAUCUCUCCGUCUGUCAGCUUCCCUUGAGAAUGGCUGAUUAUUGGAAAAGUAAUCCUAAAAAAUACUGUGAUUUAUGUAAAUGUUGGAUUGCUGACAAUAAAAUCAGCAUUCAAAAUCAUGAGAAUGGUAUGCGUCAUAAAGCCAGUGUAGCAAAGAAGGUGAACGAUUUAACUCGUAGCAACAAUGAUGCUGAAAUAGAGAAGCGAAAACUGGAAGCUUGUCUACAACAAAUAAAUGAUAGUGCUCAUAUCAGCAUGAUGAAAGAUUUGGAAAGAGAUCCGUCAUUGGCAAAACAAUACGGAAUUGAAUUAGCUAAAGAAAUCAAGGCUAAUAAUAAUAAUAAUGAAGAAACUUUAAGUAAAACAGAGAAAUCACUUCCUGCUAAAUCUCGGCCUGAUCCACCGAAACCAGAGAAUAUUUGGCGAGAAUCAAUCACUCCAGAUGGUAAACAUUAUUACUGGAAUGCAGUCACUCGUGUUACUCAAUGGACGCGACCGGAUGGUAUUAUAGAACCGGAUAAUCGGACGGUGAAACAAGAAAAGGAUAGAUUAAAAGAUUUUGUCUUUAAUCGUCUUGUGGAGUUAAGUGAAUCUGGAUCGAAAGGAGCAAAUGAAGCAGUACUACAGGCAUUCAAUGCUUCUGUAGAAGAUGAUAUAUCAACUACUACUGCUGUAGUAGAAAAGCCUACAGUUGACAAUCAUAAUGAAAGGCCUAGCACACCAGAACCUCCUAGGCCUGUUGAAUUUCGUGGUCCACGGAUUGAUUUGCUUGGCCCUUGGGUUGCUUGUGAGGAUGUUCCUAAACCAAAAUUACCGAAACUUGAUCUUCCUGUCACUACCAAUAAUGUUGUCUAUUCACAGAAUCCAGAACUCAAUGAAAAAUUAUCUGUAAUAGCACAUUUAGAAGAAGCAACAGAAAAAUCUAUUGAAAAUGCAUCAUUAUUCAAUCCAGUAGAAAAAGUAAUUCAUCCUGGAAGUUGUCUUGGCGGAGGCGGCGGCAGUUCUAAGAAAAGCGAAGACGACAAUUCUUGUAAAGUUGAACAGUCAAGCAGUAGUAAUCCUGCUCGUAUUGUAUUUAGACGACGUCAGCCUGGCAGUAAUCGAUCUAUACGUGCACCACAAAGCGAUGAUUAGUGAUGAUGUUGUUUCGUGUAAAUUAAUUAUUUGAAAUAAACGCAUCUGUUGUACAUAUUAAAAUGUAAUAAUAAUAAUAUAAUUAUAAUUCAUGCGUCAAAAGAGCCUAAUAAA